CCCUAGGUCUCGGCUUCUGCUUUCUGCCUUCCGCAGAGUAGGGCUUCUGCCUUCCGCACGCGGCCCAUCCACCGGCCGGCUCUCUCGGUAUCGGCUUCUGCUUCUGCCUUCCGCACGCAUCGCCCAUCCACCGUGAGAGAUCGCUGGGGCGAGGUGAGCCUUCGUCUCCCGCAGCUUCUCCAUUGAGGCGAGCCUUCGUCUACCGCUGCUUCUCCAUCGAGGUAUUGAAUUGUAUCGGCCAUGUUGCAACUCAGAACAUUCUCCUUGCUAGGAGCUGCAACCUAUGGCACUUCAACUAGGAGAUUUGAAGGAUCACAAUUUCCACGAUCUAAAGUUAACCACCUCUCACUUGAACAGGACGUUUCUGCUAAAGCAGCAUUGAGGAGUAUUAGAUGCAACGCUACUCAAACCCAAAGCGUUCAGAAGAAAUCUUCAAGUGCAACUGUUCAACGUGAUAAGAAAGGGAAAGUCCAAGGGCCAAAGCUGGACGAUGGAAGUGGUGGGUUCCCUCCGUUCCGUUUCGGCAAAGGUGGCGGCGGCGGUGGAGGUGGCGGGGGUGGCAGCAACUACUUUGGUGGAUUCCUUCUCUUCUCCUGCGUGUUGCUCCUAGAUUACCUGAAGGAGUUCGAGAAAUACCUGCUCACUCGGAGGCAUCUAGCCGGAGACGAUGCCGGCAACCAGCUGCUACAGGAAUGAUCGUCAGUCCCAUUAGCACCGGCUAGCUACUAGCGUCUGAGCUGAAGAAUUGGCUUCACAGCUGCCUUUGAACAUUCGACGGCCUUGCUUGUUUAUGUUCUUUUUUAUGGCCUUCUGGGACAGAUCAUAGCUUGAAAUAGACGAAGCUCAAAUUACAGAACUGUGUCGGAGACUCAGAAACUUCCUGUAACCAGGCUGCUGUACUGGAAAUAUAAAUUUAGUUGUAUUGUAGCGUGUUCAUUUCA